AUGGCUGCCAAAUUCUUAUGUUGCCUUCCUCUUAGAUUGGGUGUGAUUGUGAUAUCUUUCUGCCAAUUUAUCCUCUGUGGAGCUCUUGCUGGCCUUCUAUGGUUUGCGCUUGCCAUUGCCAAAGAAGACAACGAUUUAUCUGCCAUAACCCAGUCGAUGAAGACUACUGUCAUUGUCGUUGGGGCGAUUUACACGUUUGCUGCCCUGGUUGGUCUUUUGGGAUUCUUCGGCGCCAUCUUCAAGAAGAAUGGAUUUGUGAAAAGUUUCUAUGUCCUGCUAUGCGUUGUUUUCGGGCUCGAGGUUGGGAGUAGUGUGUGGUAUCUAAUUACCUUCUAUCGUACAAGAGGACAAACCCUCGACGACUGCAUCAACGGGUCCUCUGAUGCGGGUCGGAUCGCGUAUUGCAAGUCCUUGGAUGCUUACAAGCGUGUGCCACAAGGUGCCAUGCUGGCUUCAAUAAUUGUCCCUAUUCUUGUACAUGCUUAUGCUUGCUAUGUCGUUUAUCAAUACACUAAACGCCUGGAGCGUCAGAAGUUCGAAAAAUCGCGCGCCUCAAAAUCAUUCUCCCAACCCCAACCUGCUUACCAACCAGUCCUUCCCCACGAUGAAAACGUUCCCUUAACAUUGCCCAGUGUUCAAUACCCAUAUACAGAUGGUCCAAAUUCAUUUGGCCACGUUCAUAAACAUUCAUUCGAUAGAAACAAUGCAAGUGAUAAAGUGUAA